UAUAUAUGACCCCUCCCUUGCCCUAUUUUUCUACCCAAGUCUUCCCUUCCUUCGGCGGCAAGGAAUUUGGCUCUCCCGCGCGGCUCAUAGAACUUCUAAUCUUUUUCGUUUAGGAUCUCCCUAAUUUCUUUGCCCUAAUUCUUCCCGUUGUUUCUUCGAUCAGUUUUCCAGCCGGCGAAUUAUCUCCUCUUCAAGAGAUGGCCGCUAAACCACUUACAACUGAGGCAAUUGCCAUAACUGAGAAGAAGAUGGACAUGGCUUUAGACGACAUCAUUAAAAUGUCAAAAAAUACGGGAAAUAAAGGCAGGAAACAGAGAAGGUUACCGAACAAAAUGCAGAAGUUUCCAAAUAAUGCUACUCAAGAUAGACCUAGGAAGUUGCAGCGAUUCAUGGACUCUAGAUCUUCUCUGAGACAGGGGGCUUUGGCCAACAGAAGGUCAAACUUUCAAGGGAAUCAGUUUGCUUUGGCAACUGAGGUUGCAAGAAAGGCUGCAGUUGCUCCUAUUCGUCCUAGAGCUUUUACUCGUAGGGCACCCAAUUGGAAUAAAACAAGGGUUGAUGCUCCUCCACCGGUUCCGAAGAAGUCUUUCACCAAUGGAAAUUUUGUUCCCAAGGUAUCCGCACCGGCCCAGCAGCAAACAAAUGCCACGCCAAGACAGAGGCCACAGACUCUAGACUCACUGUUUGCCAACAUGAAGGAACAGAGGCUGAGAGUGUUAUCACAGAGACAAAAUGGGGGCGGCGGCGGCGCACAACAACAACGGAAUGGUGGUCGACAGCAAAGACCUCCUUGGGGGAAGAGGCCGUUUUGGUAACUGAAGAAUACACAACUCAAAACUGGUGCUAUGAAUAGCAUAUUUGUCCAUGGCACCCGAUAGCUGCUGAUAGGGAUCAAGAGGAAUGUGAUUGUUUCUUGUCUUUUUUUUUUUAAAAAAUUCAAACUCGCUGGCUUGCUACUUUUAGCUUUUUCUAGCUUCGCUUUGAACCGAAUACUAUAGGAAUUUGAUGCAAUUUAUGUAAAGUGUUCUCUCUUUUCCUUUUUAA